AUGAUCGCGGUGAUCAUCGUGAAGAUCGUGCUGACGCCACUCGGGGCGAGUGGCGUGACUCUGUUUGGAGUCAUUGGGAUGGCGGAAGCUCGUUCAUGGGGAAAUGGACGGGAUAGUGGCGACCGCCAAGGGGACGAUCGUUCUGGUUGGCAUCGGAGAGCUAGCUGGGAUACGUCGGCGAGCACUGCCCCUGGCACUGGCACCGAUCAAGGAUGGCAGCCAAAGGACCCAGACCCAUGGUCCAAUGGCGACGACCCGUGGACCAAGGCAAAGCAUGACGACCAAUUUGCCCCACGAGCUGGACGCGGCGAUCGAGGAGUUUUCCAAGCAGCUCCCUGGGCGGAUGGUAGAGCUCCUCGAGACCGAGGUGACGAUUACGAAGGAGGCCGCGGCGGAAACUGGGGCAAUGGAGCGUGGAGUGAUAGUGAUGGAAUCGCAUGGAGUGGCUGGUCGCACUUCGAUGGCGGUGGCUUCAGCUCCCAAGGCGGCCGAUACGGCAGCCAGUCAGGAGGCGGCGGGCGCGCUUCAGAGAAGCUUACUGUACCCUCUUUCUCUGGAGAGGAUGCCGACGACCUUGGAGGUUCUGCAAGGUCGUAUCUUCGACAAAUUGAAGCGUGGCGCCGUAUGACAUACUUGCCGGAGUCCCAACAAGGACUCGUCCUGUACCAGAACCUGACUGGGAAGGCGUGGAUCUCGGCGGAAGAGCUUUCGCUUCCAAGGUUGGGAUCCAACGAUGGCGUAAGCUACCUGGUCUCGUGGAUCAAUGCCCGGUUCUUGGAUCUGGAAGUGGCAAGGAUUGGUCGGGCUUUCAGCGACUUCUUCAGACGUCUGCGCCGCCGACAAGGGCAGACAAUCCGCGAGUAUAACACGGAGUAUGACAGGCUGCACGCGCGCUUGCGCGAGGUGGGAUGUUCUAUCCCCGAGGAGUGCGCGGCAUGGCUCUACUUGGACAGGCUACAGCUCGAGGAGGGCCAAGAGUUGAACCUCCUGGCGAGCGUCGGCAACUCCUACAGUCUUCAUCGACUUCAGCAGGCCGCGGUGCUCCACGACCGCGGUCAGAGGAAGCCUUGGGAGACUACCAAGGGCCGGCGCGCGCACACGGCGCACGUCACCGACACCGCGGACGGCACCGUCUCAGAGGGCGACGGCUCAGAGCUCGAGGAUGGUGUCCCUGAAGACGUGGCGGUGGCGUAUGCGACCUACCAGACUGCCAAGGAGAAGUACAAGGAGCAGAACAAGGCCAGAGGAUACUACGGCGACCGCGGUGCAGGGGACAAAGGGAAGGCGAAGGGCAAUGACGCAUCUCGCGACGAGAAGAUCCGCCUCAUGAAGAGCAAGUCCUACUGCAACAGCUGUGGCAAAAAGGGCCAUUGGCACAAGGACCCAGAAUGCCCUAACAACGGUCCUGGCCAGAGUGUGCGAGACGUGGAAGUUUGCCACCAUGUUCCUCUGGAGGUGUACGCGGUACGCCAUGACGGCAGAGGGCUAGUUGGAAUCACAGACACGGCAUGCGCCAAGUCGGUCGCAGGCACUGCUUGGCUCCAGAACUAUAGCAACGAGAUCUCCCGCGUCUACCAGAAGCCCGAGCUCGUGAGGGAACAUGAAGCCUUCAGGUUCGGAACCGGGAAGGUGCACCACUCAUCGUUCCACGUCGUGCUUUACUUCGAGAUGGGCGGCCAGGUGAUUGAAUUGAAGGCGUCAAUCAUCAAUGGAGACGUGCCGCUGCUUCUCUCAAAGGACUCGUUGGCCCAGCUCGAGAUGGUCUACGAUGUUGCCGCUAACCGUGCGGAUUUUCGAGCAUUGGGCCUCAAAGGCUUCGGGCUCAUCACUACCACCUCGGGACAUCCCGCAAUUCCUAUCAUUCCAGCAAGGCCCGGCGAAGGAGCUGGUCGUCUUGUGAUUGCAGACCGACAGGCCCCGAGCGAUGUGCAAUACACGGCCUUUGCGGUAUCAACAACAAGCCUCAAGUCCCAAGGCCCCCCGAAGAGUGGUUCAAGGUUCUCUACAAGUUCGCCGAACAGUCCUCCUACAUCAAGCCCCAACCAAGCCGUCAACUACAAAAUCUUCUACGACAAGAAGCUUAGUCCGGAAGCCAAGAACAUCCUCACGCAAGAUCGUCUUCAUGAGCAGUCCUUUAUCUCGUGGUGGGAAGGCAGCAAGGUGUCAACGGACUUUUGGUUGGAAGGUGAGCACGACAUGGCCUCGCAAUGCAAACCGCCCGCGAUCAGCUCGAUGACGAAGGCCCAGCUCCUCCAGGAGUGCGAGAGAGUCGGAUUGGUGGUCCACCGUACCUGGACGGUGGAAGAGAUCAAAGCAGUCAUUCAGGAGUACCGUAUGACGAAUGCAGCCUCCCAGCCCGGACACCAGAUGAAGUCGAUCACUUCUCUGAAUCUCCCGGAGCUCCGCAUCAAGGCCGACGAGCUUGGGGUGGAGUACAACCACACCACCACGAAGGGCAACCUCCUUCGCCUCAUCAGGGACUCUCUGUCCACUCCCGGGACCGAACUGAUGAAAAUCGGCAAGUACAAGGGGUUCGAGUUCCAGGAAGUGCCUCGUGGCUACGCGGAGUGGGCAUCCAGAGAAGUGAAGGCGAGCUCCAAUCCUCACCCGGAACUGGUGAGGUUCGCUCGCUGGUGGGACAACUCCCAAGAGAGGGCGUAUGUGGAGGAGAGGACCAUCGAGGCGAACUCCGUGAUCCCCUUUCCCGACUCGGAGACGGACACCUCGGCGUGGGGCAACUGGAGCGAGUGGGGAAGGGAGUCGCCGAAGAAGCAGACCCCAGCGAAAGGGGCGUCGAAGGGCUACAGUCGGAACACCGACCUCAUGCUUCCCCGCACCAACAAGCGCGGGAGCUCAUCCCAGGCGGAGAGCGCGAUGGACGCAGAGGGCGACCCGGAGACGAUUGCCGAGAUCGAGGCGUUGGAACAGAAGCUCGCGGCCCUGAAGGACAAGGCGAAAGUGACUGCCAAGGCGGUGCCAAAGGACCACAGCGAGGACACGGCACUACGAUCCGACGGGAAGGCAAACACCAAUGGAGGCGCACCACCAGGUGAUCUUCCUCGCCCCCAUGUACGAUUUGAUGAACAUGCGGAAUUGCUUUCUCCGCGGCCUCCCCGUCGAGGGCUAUGCGACUAUGAGCGUGAGGGCAGCCAUUUUGGAAGUAAGACCUUCGUGCACAAGGACGGGUGUUGUGGCAAGGAAGACGAUGUCCUCUUCCACGAGGCCUUCAUCAGUCAAGAGGAGUUCGCGAAGGCCCUUGCUAGCAAGCACACCAACUAUGCUUGUGCCACCACAACCCAGGACAACCAAGAUGAGUUCGCGCGGGCCUACCAGGACAACGACUUCACCUACGACAAGCUCCUCGACCUCCUCAACCAGGCUGGCCUACGAGAGGUCCGUACCGAGAGAGACGGCGUCAUCGGCAAGACCGGCAAGGCUGCUACCUACCACACUCUCGGCCUCUACACGCAUGGUGGAACUUUUGGAAUAACUACCCGCACGAAGGAGCAAAGCGCCAUGGCCCGGUACAUCAACGAGUUUGGCAAGCGGCAUCUCGGAAAGGGCGCUACGUGGACCUCGGUUACCAUCGCCUUCAAUACGGAGACGGAUGUCCACCACGACUUCCACAACCUCAAGGGCACCUACAACCACGCCGUUUCCCUCGGCCAGGAAAGCGGCGGCGGUCUGUGGAUAGAGAACAAGGAGAUCAACGAGGGCAACCUGGAAGCAUCUACAGUCAAGUGGCGCCAGGAUAAAACCGGGCGGUGGAUGCCGGGGAGAGUCGCCGACAACAAGGAGAAGUUCGUGACCUUCGACCCCUUCCUCAAGCACGCUACAGAGCCCUGGGUCGGCGGCAGAUGGUGCUUGGUCUACCAUUCUACAAGGAACUACACCAAGGUCAAUGACGUUCUCCACGGCUACCUCAAGAAGUGCGGAUUCCCUCUACCCAGGAGGAAUGGCGCCGCUCCCGGCGAUGCUACCAGGAGGAAACCCUGUGUUUCAACACGAAAGAAGAUCUUCAACAAUGCCGCUAAAGUUGGCGUGCUGAUGGCGACUCUUCUGACGGCGGCCUCCAGCUACCUUGCCAACCACGUGUUCCCGGAUUCCAUUGUCGAGCCCAUCGUCAUCUUCGAGAUCGGUGGCACAGCUGGCACCGAGGAGGCCGUGUCGCUUGGCAAAGACGUGUUCGAGCCCAUGGACUGGGCCACCUACCAAUCUCCGGAGGGCAAACAGACCGCCUACCACGUGAUCAACGGCGGCACACCUCGAGAGCUACGGGUGAACCUCUUCGGGAAGAAGGAUGCUUGCAAUCGACCCGUUCUCGAGCUGAUGCAACAGCAGAUUAACGAAGGGGGAACGGUGGUCGUGAAGGGGAGCAGCCAGGACACUAUCUACGACGAGGAGCUCUUCAAGUACCUGCGCGACAACUACACCCAGUAUAAUGGCAACGAGCACGGGGAGGAAACCUACAUCCUGUACAGGGCAUGUGAGCGAAGCGAAAAGAUGCCCGGACCUACGAGGUGUCACCAAGUCUGUGUUGUGGAUCGUUCUGGAGAAGGAGACGGGCUUGCACACGAUGUUGCUUAUGAUGGUACAGGUAUCACCUUCGGAGAGACCACCCCUCCGAUGAUAGCGUCCGCCCUUCGGAGGCUACACCAGAACCUCGGCCACCCGCAGAACUGCGACCUCAUCAGGCAUCUACGGCUUGCUGGGUGCGACGAGCCGGUCAUCAAGGCCGCUCGCGGGCUUCGAUGUCAGGUCUGUGAAGCCAAUGCUGCCCCGCGGAUAGCCAGACCUAGCGUGAUCCCGCAGCUCUGUGAUUGGAAUGACACAGUCGGGAUCGACCUCUUCUACGCUCACGACAUCAACGACGUGAAGCACACCUUCCUCUCUGCGGUUGACUACGGGACCACGUACCACCUUGCCGUGAAGGUCGACGGUCAGUCUGCCGAGGACAUCGAGGCGAAGUUCAACGAGAUGUGGAUCGUGCCGUUUGGGCCUCCUAAGAGUGUGGUUGUCGACCUCGACGGCGGAGUACAAGGAGCACUCGGCCGUCUUUGCGACUGGCACAAUAUCGCUAUGAAGAGCAUCGCUGCCCAAAGCCACUGGCAGGCCGGGAUGAUCGAGCGGCAGCAAGCCUGGUGGAAGAACAUAUGGGAAAGACUAGUCUACGAGCUCACCAUCGGCGAGGACGAGGCGGAGAUACCGGCCCCCAUAAUCAACAGCGCCAAGAACGAUCUUCGGACAAGGUGUGGACACAGUCCUUCACAAUGGGUGUUCGGCAGGGCACCGCGCAUCCCUGAGGACCUGCAGGACCCCGACGGCGGCAACCACGUCACGUGGGAUGUGAGCGAGGACUCGCGGUUCCAAAGGCAGGCGGCUAGGAGGGCAGCCUCGCGUGUCGCUUUCCAUAGGAGCCAGAUAGACAGUCGACUCCGCAAAGCGUUCUUGCAAAGGACGAGGACGGUGCCCAGGCCCCACGAAGUCGGAGAGAGCGUGCACUUCUGGCACAAGCCCAAAAACAGACGGAGAGGCCAUUGGACCGGACCGGCCGUGAUCGUCGGCAAGGAGGGCAACAACUACUGGAUAUCCAGCAAUGGCAGGUGCAGGCUAACCUCUCCCGAACACAUCCGAGGCUCCACACCAGAGGAGGUGGGCGCGUACCUAUCUAUGAAGGGGACUCAACGGGAGGUCGAAAAGCUACUGGAGUUCGACCCUGACGGAGGCGAGGCGUUCGAAGAGGACCCCGAGGAUGUCGAGGUCGGCGAGGACGACGAGAUCGGCGACAUGGAGCUCGACCACGACGAGGAUCUCGUCCUGGAGCCGGCCCUGGUCGACGAGGAACUACCUAUGCCUACGCGACGGCUCAAGCGCAAGACCAACAUGACCCAGCUCGACGAGACGGCGAACGAGGCCAUGAUCCUCAAGAGUGACCUCACCCGAAGGGGAGUCGAGAAGCGAAAGGAGAAGGAGCUCAAGUGGACGGAAAUUCCAGAGGAGGUCCGGGAGAAGUUCCACGACGCGGAGCGCGUACAGUGGGAGGAGCACUUGUCCUACGACGCUCUGGAGCCCUUGACGACCGAGGCCAGCGAUGAGGUACGAGCUCGGGUCGCCCCAGAGAGGAUCUUGCGCUGCAGAUGGGCGUACAAAGACAAGAACUGGGCGCGACGAAGAGAAGGAGACGCAGAGGCGCCAUGGCGAUGCAAAUCCCGCCUUGUCAUCGCCGGACACACCGAUCCGGACUUGGGCAACGAGCAUCUGUCUACCGAUGCGCCCACCCUUUCCAGAAGCGGACUGGCCUGCCUUCUCCAGCUCACUGCCAAUGGUCUUGCGCAAGAAGACCGCUGGGAGCUGUCUGCUGGAGAUAUCCGCUGUGCAUUUCUGACAGGAAGCUAUCUCUCUCGAGAACUCUUCAUGCACCAGCCGAGGACGGGGUUCCCGGGUAUGUCACCAGGGCAACUCGUGCGCAUAAAGAAGAACGUGUUCGGCCUCGCCACCAGUCCUCACGAGUGGUGGGGAGAUCUCCAAGCCGGCUUCCGCGAAGUGAAGAUUCAAGGCAAAGACGGCAACGAGUACCGCUUUGAUCAAUGCCCUCUUGAUCCUUGCAUUUUUAUGCUUCGCCGGUGGAACAGCGAGGAGUUCAUCGGCAGCCCGAUUGCCUACGUGGGUUGCCAUGUCGACGACCUGUUGGUGGCUGGUCCCAGAAGUGUCAGAAAGAAGAUCGAAGAAGCACUCUCCAUUGUCUUUCCGAUCGAGUCUUGGGAAGAGGAGGAGUUCGAGUUCCUUGGGUCACAGAUCAAGGUGGGCCAGGAGGCAAUCCAGGUGGUCCAGGAGAAGUACGCCACUACCCGCCUCUUCAAGCUCGAGAUCCCUACCGACGCGAAGGACGAAGAGGUUGCGAGCGAUGAGCUCGCAUGUGACAACAGAUCAUUGAUAGGUGCAUUGUCGUGGAUGGCGGGACAAAGCCGUCCGGACUUGACUUGUGCUGUGAGUAUGGCACAGCAACUCCAGAAGCAGCCCACGGUCGGCGACCUCCGCUUCACGAACGCGACGGCCUCCAAAGCGCUACAGUUCAAGAGUCAAGGCCUGGUGUUCCGCCCUGUUGCUCUGGAGAGGCUGAUGCUGGUGAUCUACCACGACGCGGCCUGGGCGAACGUCCCCGAGGCCGAUCCCUACGAGGACUACUAUGUCUUGACCCCGGAGGACGAUCUCGCGGGGCUCCAGACCGAGGGGCCCUACGUCAACAAGAGCGAUGGGAGAAAGGCGAAGAAGGGGAGCUCUAAAGUCGCGUCGCAACUUGGAGUUCUCGUCACCUUCACCGACAGAGGGGCCCUCAACAACGAGCCCGGCAACUUCAGCAUUGCCGACUGGAAGUCACGCGCCGGCCAGAGGGUCUGCAGGAGUACUUUCGGUGCAGAGACUCAAGCAUGCGCGGAAGGAUUGGAAACCGGACAAUACAUCCGGUCGAUGCUGGAGACCCUUGUCAAAGGGCCAUUGGUCACGGUUGAGCAGGCCACGACCCCGCUCCUUUGCCUCAGCGACUGCCGAUCACUCUACGACCACCUCAACCGUCAAGGAGUACCUCGUGUACCGACGGACAAAAGGCUUGCAGUCGACCUGGCAGCACUGAGGCAAGCUCUACGAGCUGAAAUGUGGUGCGAGGAUCUGCCAAUCGCCUGGAUUCCAGGUGCUGUCCAGAAAGGUGAUGUUUUGACUAAGCCCCAAAACCCCUCCGAUUGGUGGGAAGCUCUUCAGGGCAAGUUGGUUUUGCCUCUCGCAAUCGGCGGAAGAGGCGGCCUAAUCAGCAACAGGAAGGUUAGAAGUAGAACCAGUGUGAAACUUGAGAGUGUUAACAGGAGCAUGCGCGAUGGUGUCUUCCCUUUCGAGCUUUGUUACGACAAGUCAGACCUUCCCGAAAGUUGCUGA